AUGAAGCACCUCGCAGCAUAUCUUCUUCUCGGCCUCGCUGGUAACACCAGCCCGUCCGCCGACGAUGUCAAGGGUGUCCUCUCCUCUGUCGGUAUUGACGCAGAUGAUGAGAGACUAGAGAAGCUUUUGUCUGAGCUCGAAGGCAAGGACAUCAACGAGCUGAUCGCCGAAGGCUCUACUAAGCUCGCAUCCGUCCCAACUGGUGGUUCGGGUGGUGGUGCUGCUGCUGGUGGCGCCGCCGCUGCCGCUGGUGGUGCUGCUCCAGCUGAGGAGGCUAAGGAGGAAGCAAAGGAAGAAGAGAAGGAGGAAUCCGACGAAGAUAUGGGUUUCGGUCUCUUCGACUAA